AACAAUCGAUAUGAUACUUUCAGUUUAUUUGAACACACUUUAUGUACUUGGUUGUCAAACACGCAAAUAAUAACCAGUGACAAGUGAUAGUGUAUCAAUGGUUUUUAACCUUUUGAUUUAAUACUUUGAAAACCAGUAGAGGAAUUAUAUUUAAUACACGAAAAUGCACGACGCUUACAAAGAAACAUCGAUAUUAAAUAUUUCUGUUCAAAUAGAGUCUAUGGCUGCGUAUGAUGACAAUUUGUUAAUCGGUACAAGAGAGGGUCAUCUCCUGAUGUAUAACGUUCCAUCUGUAUCAGAUGAAAGUCAUAAAUUAGAAUUAUUACGUCAUAGUAAAAAUUUUAAUAAAAAACGGAUCACACAGAUAGAUGUUGUACCAGAAUAUAAUUUAUUGAUAAUAUUAACAGAUAAUAUAGUGUGUGUUCAUGAUUUGAAUUCUCCAAAUUUUCAACAAAUUUACCAACUACCAAAAACUCGUGGUGCUACAUUAUUUACUUUAGCAAUACAAUCAACAGAGUGUUCAACUAGUAAUAAAAAUACAGUUGUGCACUUAUGUGUUGCUGUAAAACGUAAGCUACAGUUCUACUGUUCCAUAGGAAAAAAAUUUGAGGAAUUGAAAAAGUUUGAGCUAUCUGUACCAGAUAUACCACGAGAAUUAGCUUGGUGUGGUGAAUCACUGAUUUUGGGUUUCCGUGGUUUGUCUUAUACAAUUUUGACCAUGGAUGAAAAGCCCAAAGAAUUAUUUCCAACUGGAAAGUCUCCUGAACCAAGUAUUACAAAAUUGUCUGAUGAUUCUUUCGUAUUAGGCAAAGAUUCUCAAUCAUUUGUUAUGGAUACAAAAGGUGAAUUGGUUCAACAUAAUCCAGUUAAAUGGUCCGAUACACCAAGUGCAAUAGCAUGGGAUGAUCCUUAUCUACUUGGAAUUGUACAUGACACAUUAGAAGUAUAUACUAUAGAAGGUUGCAUACACAUUCAAACGAUAAAAGACUUGAACAAAGCUAGACUUAUAUAUAGAUGUAAACAAGGAAAGAUUUUUGUAGCGUCUAUUAGUCACAUCUGGUGUGUCAGAGCAGUCGAUGUAACACUACAAAUUAGAACAUUACUUGAACAAAACCAGUUUCAGCUCGCGCUGAAACUAACUAGUUUAUUGGAUAUAACCGAAGAAGAAAAAAUUAAACAGACAUAUAAAAUACAGACAUUGUACGCACAUUACCUUUUUAGUAACAAAAGAUUUCAAGAGGCAAUGGAUUUAUUUUUAAAGUUAGGAACAGAUCCAUAUGAAGUGAUUAGAUUGUUUCCUGAUUUAGUUACACUAUCAAGCAAUAAUCCUGAACUCAAUGAUUCAACAGCCAGUUUGUCAAAACUACAAGAUCAUGAUUUAGAAAAAGGUUUGCGCGCAUUAAUAGUUUUUCUUACCGAAGUUAGAUUUCAGUUAGUGAAUGAUACAAAAGCAGAAAAAAGUAUGACAGCAGUAGCUACCGAACAGCUUUUAAAAAUUAUAGACACGACUCUGUUAAAAUGUUAUUUGCAGACGACUGAUGCAUUGGUAGCGCCGUUACUUAGAUUAAACCAUUGUCAUCUAGCAGAAGCUGAGAAAACGUUACUAAUGUAUCAAAAGUAUCCUGAGCUUAUCAUAUUGUAUCAAACUAAAGGGCAGCAUAGGAAAGCUUUGGAACUUCUUGAAAAACAUGCUAAAGAAAAUGAUCCUAGUCUCAGGGGCACCGAGAGAACAAUACAAUACUUGCAGCAUCUUGGCAAAGAUCAUAUGGAUUUAAUUUUAAAAUUUGCUGGUUGGGUUCUGAAUGAAGAUCCAGAACAAGGACUUCGAAUUUUUAUGGAAGAUAUACAGGAAGUUGAGCAGUUGCCAAGACCAAAAGUAUUGGAUUAUCUUCUUCGUUGUUACAAAGAUUUAGUUAUAACGUAUUUGGAGCAUGUAGUACAUAUUUGGAAUGAAACUAAUUCACUGUGUCAUAAUGUUUUAAUACAUCAGUAUAAAGAGAAGUGUUUAGCAUCUAUGAGCGAUAAUGCUACACCAGCUGAAAAACAAGCAGGUCAACAUAUUAGACAAAAAUUACAACAGUUUUUAGAGAAAUCUGUAUAUUACACUCCAGAGACGAUAUUAGUACAUUUUCCGUUUGAUAAUUUAUUCGAGGAACGUGCAAUUAUUCUUGGACGACUGGGACGCCACGAACAAGCCAUAUCGAUAUAUAUUAGUAUUCUUAAUGAUAUACCAAAGGCGACCGAGUAUUGUCACAAUGUAUACAACAGGUAUCAAAAAGCUGCAGAUAAACAAAAACAGUCUGACGAUGCAGAUAAGGUUUACGUAAUGCUUAUUCAACAGCUAUUGAAACCUGAUAACGAUGGUGUUUUGAAAACAGGAUGUAGUUCCGAGAUUCAACGUACAGCGCAACCUGAUUUGGAAAUGGCACUUGAAUUACUUGAAAAACAUGCAUCAAAAAUAAAUCCAUUGAAGGCAUUAGAUGUUCUACCAGAUACAGUGCCGAUAGGAAGAAUAAAACACUUUUUAGAAGUUAGUUUGCAGGAGAAACUGAAUGCUAGAAGACGAAUACAAGUUUUGAAAGGUUUACUUUAUGCUGAACACUUACAAGUGCAGGAGCAACGUAUGCAUUAUGAAUCGCAAAACGUUCUUAUGACGGAAUUUAACAUAUGUCCAGUAUGUAAGAAAAGAUUUGGCAAUCAGAGCGCAUUCGCUAGGUAUCCGAACGGCGACAUUGUACACUAUUCGUGUCAAGAUCGUAGAGCAUAACGAAGAAAUAAUUUAAAUAAUGUAUUCGUAUGAACAUAUAAUUUAUAUGUAUUUAUAUUAAACAAUUUAAAAUGUAUACUGCAGUGUAUUUAUGCUCGUGUUAUGUAUAUAAAUGUAUACAUUUUUCCAUUUGCCUUCCUUUUAAAACUUUUGUGAUCUAGUCUUAAGCUUUGUUUAAUUUUGUAAUACAAACAAUGAUACAUAAUUUACAAUUUAUUUCCCUCCAAAAGAACACCGAGAACGACUGUUGGAAGAAAACUGCAUAAAAUGCUACGAUACUUGUUGCAUAUACGCGUGUAUAUAUACAUAUGUUAAUUUUUCAAUUUUAGAAUUUAAGAAAGGUCAAAUAAUAUGAAAAUAAAGAUGUCGUAACAUA